AUGAUGUUUUGGCAACAAUUGAUUCUAUCUUGCUUGAUUCUAGCAAUCACAUGGCAACAUUGUGGUGCUCUACAACCGUCAAUUCCACCUGUAGCAUUGAUUACUGGAGCUACUGGAAGAACCGGUCAAUUGGUUAGCGAUUUGUUGUUGGAGCAAGGAUUUCAUCUUCGGAUCUUUUGCCGCGACGAAGCGAAGGCUAGGGAACUCUUUGAGGCCAAGAACUCCAAGUAUAGUCAACAAGAUGGUGACGAUGGAGAACCUUGUGUGAUCGAAUAUGUUCUAGGGAACCUAAAUUCGAUGGCCGAUGUGAAAGCUGCAUUUCAGACUUCUCCAUCUUCUCCACCGUUGACACAUUUGGUAUUUUUGGCUGGCGGUGAAGGGGCCGAUUACAAGAGUGUCAAUUAUUAUGGCGUGGAAUCCGUGGCCAAACUAGCAAUUCAAACACCAAGCAUUCGGCAAAUUGUGCUGGUUUCUACCGCCUGGGCAACACGACCCUAUAGCAUCGCCUCGUUGCUCUUCAAUACGCUCUAUCCAGAGACGAUUCCCAUGGCCUCUCACUAUUUGGGUGAACAAGCUCUUCGUCGGGCGGUAGCAUCAUCCAAUACCAAUAAUCCAUCAUCUUUAGGAACAGACAGCAUCAACAAAAUCAACUAUGUAAUCUUACGCGCGGGUGGACUCAACAGCGACGAUCGCUGGAUGAACAAGUACCCUGAAGCGGCGGCGAUGGGAUUGACGUUUUCUCAAGGUGACACGUUUACCUUUGCUGGGAUUGCAGGUCGUCCUGGAAUGUGUCGAAGUCAAUUGGCUAAGGCGGUACUUGCUGCCACUACUGUAGAGGGAGGAUACACCGUGGAAGUCACGGGGAGUGGUCCGACCGACUGGAAGGAUUCUAGCGUUUACCAAACGACCCUACAGCCAGAUGAUGAACAACUUUAUUCGAAAGAGAGCUCAUCUGGUGCAUUGAUAUCUGUUGCGGAAGAAGAGGAGGUCUUCGGUAUUCAUAUGGAAGCCGUACAACAACUCAAGGCAACGGCCAUCGCAGCAACAGCGGCUGGAGUUGGGUUUAUUGGGACUCUUGGAUUUGUCAGAGGAUUGAUUUCACUACUUUUACUUGAUGCGAUAAUAUUGCUGCUAUGGGGCAAGAUCUUUGCCACCAGGCAAGUCAGUUCAUAA